AUUGCGGCCCAAAUAAGAAAUAGCUCAGCCCAAGAGCUAGCUGCUGCAAAUUGCGAUGGAAGUUAAUUUGGGACAGGACGGUAGCUGAGCGCCUGAGCCUGAGAUCAGAGAAUCAGAGAUGGUAGGGGAAGUGGAGAAGAUGAUCGCAGUGGGUUUGGUAUGGGGCGCCACAAAUGCUAUCAUGCGCCGGGGUGCCGUUCUAUGGGACCAAGCUGUGAAAUCCACAUCAAGGGCAGAUCCCAACGCCAAGCUGUACCAGAGAGCACUGUUGUCCCUCCGCAACUGGUUCAAGCUCCUAUUGAUCUGGCAGUACUCCAUCCCCUUCCUCGUCAACCUCUCCGCCUCCCUCACUUUCUUCGCCAUCCUCUCACACGCCCCACUCUCCCUCGCCGUCCCUGUCACCAACGCCACCACCUUCGCCGCCACCGCCGUCUUCGGCAUCCUCCUCGGCGAACGCACCCACCUUCUUCGCGCAUCCCUCGGUACCGCUUUUAUCGUUUCCGGCCUUUUCCUUUGUAUCAAUUCCUAACCUUUCAACUAUCUCUAUUUAUGCGUCAUUCUGUUACUUCCAUUGUUAGAUUCAAGUUUUGUUGUAUCGUCAAAUUGUAAUCAUGUCCCGAGCUAGGUUUUAUUUUUUCAAAAUUACAGUAGUUUAUUAGGCCUGUUCAGUUCUCAGCACGGAAAUUACCAAAGCAUUGUCCUCUUUUGGCGAUGAUGAAAAUUUAUUGUGUGUUAAGUAGAUAACUAAGCAUACAAAGCAGCAUUAUUAGUUCUUGGUGAGCAAGAAUGAGUCACCAAGCCUUGCGAGGCUUUAAAAAAUGGGGCAAUGACUGAGAAAAAAAAAAAAAAAGAAGCAGCAUCUGAUCCUUAUGGUUAGAGUUGUGUUUUAGAACAUUCUGGAGGCAACUGGCCGUUGAAUCUCUUGGAAUCGGCGCAGUAGUCGUAGAUCAUGUAAUUCUUUCUGACCCAGUUCAACUGGCCUUUUUCGGAGUAACUUAGCUGCUUGUAUAGGGGAGAAAUCCACCAAUUUGCAGGGACAUUGGAGGCACAGUGAUUGAUGCUCACUGCCCCAUUCCACUUGCAAGCCCUUGCUCUGAAAUGAUGAAAGCUGGCUAUGAAUGGUGCACCUCUCCAGUCAGUCUUAACAAGCCCUCCUCUAGUUGCCCAGUCAUCUGCAUUCCAUAGGCUGCUGUAUACCCUCAUUCCAUGCUUGUUUGGAUACGCAACACCGUGAUUUUCGUAGUUCUGAAAAACCCGAAUCGGCAGACCAUCAACAUACCACCUGAGAUAGCAGUGCAGUGAUAGUUAAAGAUCAUCACAUCCUUAGAUAGCAGUUAAAUAAUUGUGCUGUCAUCAACUUACACAAUUUGCGUGGGGUUCCAGUGAAUGGUGUAGUUGUGAAAGUCAGCAGUUGGGUCAAACCAGAGAACUCAAAAUCUAUCUCAUCAUGCUGACUUCCCGUGGAGGAUAACUGUACACAAUAUUUUGGGAGAAGCAUUAGCAAUCCAUUUUGUGUGGAAAGUAUAAGAGAUUAUGGUGACCUUUUUAGCUCAUGUGACUUUGACUUACAUAGUAGGCUGUUACUAUUCCUGCGGCAUUGCCUGGUAUGAGCUUGAUUAGCAUUUCAAUGCUUCCAAAUAAGAAUGAUCUCUUCGAUUUAGCAGCAGAUCCUGAUACCAAAAAGCAACUUGUGUUUGGAGAAAAUGAGAACAGAUAAUAUUAUACGCACAAAUUUUCUCAUUCCAAGAGACCCAUGUCUAGUGAAAUCCAAAUUUAUACUUAAUUAAUGCAUGCUAAAGAAGCAUAGAAUUUUCACCUGAGGUUGUGUCCAACACUAGAUGAAGGUCUUCGCCCAUAAUCGAUGCAUGUUGAACACCCCAUGUGAGAUACAUGCUCUUCGAAAAGUUGCCAUCCACUUGGACGAUGUUGACAACGAGUACGACUACACAUAUAAACAAAGCCACCAACAUUUUCUCAAAUUUUGCCAUGUUUAGUGUGUUCUAUGGAUAUGAUAACUUGGAUUAAUUCUUGGUGAUGAUGUAUUUUUUUAUAUAUUUAUAUACCAACAACCAGCAAUAUAUAGUUGACAUUCUGAAGAUGAGCUAUACGUGAUUAUUAUAGAAUGAAUUGGUCUGAGUUAUAUUGGAUUAUCGGUCUGCUCAUAGGAUUUGUCAGACUGAAGUUAUUGCUUUUUGAGACGAAGAGGCGGAGAGUUUUCAGAACAUACGUCGGGUUUCAUAAAUGAAUU